CAUGGAUCGAUUCGAUUCGUGGCUUCUCUGGACGAUCCUCGGAGGCCAACAAUUUCUGGAACAGUUGUUUAUCUUAAUCUCGCGUAAUAGAGGUAUUGGGAUCAUCCGGAAAGAGGACAGCCUCUCCAUGCGUUGCUUAUUUCUUCCUCAACCUUGCUCCGAACACUUUUAAUAGCCUGCAACAGCACAGAGAAGAAGAAGGAGGAGGUGCGGAGAGAUGGAGGAGAAAUAUUUGGACAUGGUGAUGGUUCCGCUGGGUCUCCUGCUGCAGGCCACCUACCACAUAUGGCUCUUCUUCACCAUAGUCCGACAUCCCAAUCGCACUGUCAUCGGCGUGAACGCCCAGGUCAAGCACCGGUGGCUCAGAGCCAUGAUGACUGACCCGCUCGGGAACGGCACUCUGGCGGUGCAAACGCUGAGGAACGACAUCAUGGCGUCCACCGCGCUGGCCACCACCGCCGUCACCCUCGCCUCCCUCAUCAGCGUCUUCGUCAGCGCCACCACCAGCACCGCCACCUCUUCCCUCGUCUACGGCAACAAGUCCUCCGUGGUGCGCUCCAUCAAGUACUUCGCCCUCUUGCUAUGCUUCAUCCUCGCCUUCCUCUGCAACGUGCAGUCCGUCCGGUACCACACGCACGCCGGCUUCCUCAUGAGCCAGCCGGUGGCAGGGCCCGUCACGCCGGAGCACGCCGCGAGGAGCUUGGACCGAGGCAGCCUCUUCUGGUCUCUCGGCCUGAGGGCGUUCUACGUGUCCUUCACCCUCUUCCUCUGGGUUUUUGGGCCGAUACCGAUGCUGGCGAGCAGUGUGGUGAUGUGCUGCCUGCUCUUCUUCUUGGACACCACCACGGAGCUUCCUCGGGCGUUUCAUGUCUCCUCCUUCACUGUCGAAGAAGAUGUCAAAGAGGAAGUGUAACGAACGGUGGUUCUUCACGCAUGUCUAUAGUGCUGUUUGAUUCCAUCACCAUAAAUCUUCCAUCGGAAGCUGCACUGUC